CGGGCGAGCUAUGUUUCAGUCAUUUACGGGGAACUCCCGCCGUCCACGGCAGGUCAACCUUGGAGGCCGCAACACGAACCCUUUCGCCGCAUAUCCCUCCGGCAGACAGAAUCCUCACGGCGCAGGGCCUCAGAAUACGCUUGCAAUCGCCCAACAGGAACGGGCACUCAGACAACAGGAGAGAGAGCGAUUAGGGGCGAGCCGGACCAUACAACGGACAUGGAGGGGUUAUCGGAGCAGGAAGAUAACGCGCAGUGCGUGGCGGACCGAGUGGGAUGCCACGGAGACGCAGGCGACUGAGGGGCUUUUCUCCUUCGAAAGCCUUCUCAAGCAGCAAGAUGCGUUUCUCCAACGGCCUAACCGCUAUGGAACGGCCGCGGCUUGUUUGUCACAGCUGCGCUUGCUGGUGCAGUUCAUGGAACCGUGGAACAGUGAGGACGUCCUCCGGCUGGUGUACUUCUCGGGCGUCUUCCAGAAGACCUUGAAUGAAGUCCCGACGAUAGCGACCGAAGGAGAAUGGACGACGCCGUUGAAUCGACUGGCACGAUUGACCCUUCGUGUGCUCCGUACCGCGAACGCCGGCAGCAGCGUCGGGGUGGUCGCGGUCGGCCCCCUUCUCCAGCUGCUUAUCUUUCUUACGGGUCUCAUACCGAAGCAAAUAGCUCGCCUCGCCCAUGACUAUUACUCAGUCAUGAGGAUCUUGACAACAGACAGAAAGUCUCAGCUCUCCGGAGACAGCCUAAUCGAGUGUGUCCUGGCCGUGCUUAGGCCUAUCACUUCCGAAACCCUUACAGCUUAUGAGUGGUUUGCGAAGUCCUAUUUGACCAUUCCAAACCUUCCACAGUAUCUCGGUAGCUUGGAUAGCCUGGCCAACAGUAUCAACUAUAAGCUUCUGACUUCCGCUCUUAAUCCGCUGCAGUCGUAUCUUCGUGACCGUCAGCGCGAGGAUACAGAUUCUUGUCUCUGGAUGCUCGCUUACUUUAUUUACUUCCAUCGUUUUGUAUUGGGAAGCCAGGCCGGGCAGCAAGCCCCGGAUACUGGCUUCGUCAAGGUCGUAUCUGACAUGCUCAAUUCCACUGCAAUGCAUAUAUCACGACGGAUGGAACAGGAUGACCCUAAUGACCAUGAUGACGACUCCGAAAGAGCUCCCCUGCAUUCCUUCAUCAAGGAUCAACUCAUCAGCCUUGUCAAUCAAAGCAGCAUCACAGGCCUUCUUUCCCAACUCCAGUCCACACAGCUUUCACAAGGUCAGCUGGCGGAUUCUCAGUCGGAGGCAUCUCGAGAAGCAAAGAUACUUGCUACCUAUGCACUGACGUUGUUGCGGGUGUUCCCUCGGCGGGGUGACGAUAUCCGCAUGUGGCUCUAUCUAGGCUCAGCUACACCGGGUCAACAAUCGAUAGGCCAACAGGGCACCAAGAUCCCAGCCAUCAAGUACUUCUGGCAUGCAUCCAGGUCUAGCCGAAUCUUUACUGCCAUCAGUCAAGACUCAACCAAGGUGUUGCCUCUCUUGAAGCCUGUCGAGGACUCGAUGGAUUCCAGAUUUCGGGGAAUGUCCCAGACAGAGAGGGAUGAAGAAUGGACUAUCAUCCUUCUCUUCCUUGAACUCUAUACGUUUGUACUCAAGGUGAUGGAUGACGAAGAGUUUUUCUCCAACGAGUCGUCUUUCACUGCCUCCUCAAAUACCAGGGUGUCAUGGACCAAGGAGAGUGCAUUGCCAUUGACAGACAUCAAAGAGAUGACACUCUUCCUGAAAAAUCUGGGCUUUACACUGUACUGGAACUCAGCAGAUUUGAAUGAGCACGAAACAGUUCAGGGUACUGGUGGAAUUCGAAGCUACUUCAGCUCCUCCGCGCUACACUCUGAUCCUGUGGCUAGCGUCAAAGAGAUCGAGACCAAGAACAAGGAGAAAGGACUUCCUGGCGUUACGGGCAUUCCGCUUGACUAUUUCAAGGGUCUUGUCACAGGUCUAUUGAGGAUGAUUCACGAGCGAGAUUCGAGAAGGAAGUUUCUCCCUGAUGGGCACUGGUUGAUGACAAGCCGUUUCGACAUGGAGGGGUUCAUCCCCGCUGUUGUUGCGGAGGAGGAGAACCGACACCAACUUCAGGAUGAGGAUGACGAAGGACAGGGUGAUCUCACGCCUGAUGCUCUUCUUGAACCAUCCUUAGGACUUAUUGGCACCGGUCGUGCUCAGCAAGCACGUCGGAUCGAGGCUCUAAGGCGUCGUCAACAACAGGCUGCUCGCCGGAAGCAGCUGGAGGCAGUAGCACCGCGACUUGAAAUCCUAAGGAACAUGCCCUUCUUCAUUCCAUUCGCAACAAGAGUCCAGGUAUUCCGCGAGUUUAUAUACCGCGAUCAGAUCCGCCGGAGACACGGCUUUGUCGAUCCAGAUGCUUGGCGUAUGUCCGUGGCCGAAGCCACGAUGGGCCGCAUGAUUGACGGGCGCCCUGCUGCACAAGAUGUCCUAAGUCGGCACCAUGCGAAUAUCAGGCGCGAUAGUGUGUUCGAGGAUGCAUUCGAGGAGUUUUACGAACUGGGCGAGGGUCUUAAGGAGCCAAUCCAGAUCACUUUUAUUGACAAGUGGAACACUGCGGAAGCUGGGAUUGAUGGCGGUGGAGUCACCAAGGAAUUCCUGACCAGUGUGACCAGCGAAGCCUUCAAAUCCAGGAACGAGAUGAGUCUGUUUGAAGAGAACGACCAACACCUGCUCUAUCCCAACCCGACAGCGGUUGAGCAACGGAAAGAGCUACUGAGACAAGUAGGCUUCGUUGAAAACAGCCCAGAUUGGAACGAAAAAGUACGGGAGUUACUUAGACGAUAUGAAUUCCUUGGCCGGAUCAUUGGAAAGUGCAUGUAUGAAGGCAUCUUAGUUGAUGUCAACUUCGCGCCGUUCUUCUUGCUCAAAUGGGCAUUGACAGGAGGGGCAGGUUCAGCUCAGCGAGAAUCUGCUUAUCGUGCUAAUCUUAACGAUUUGAAGGAUCUGGACCAGGGGCUCUAUCAGGGCUUGCUUCAAUUGAAGAACUACCCGGGCGACGUGGAGGAUUUCUCUUUGAAUUUCACUAUUACCGAUACUAUACCUCUUCCUGGUUCUGGCAGUCGGACCAUCACUCGCGAUCUGAAAAGCCAGGGGUCCGACAUACCCGUCACGAACCAAAAUCGACUGGUAUACAUAUCCUACAUCGCUCGUUAUCGCCUCCAGGUCCAACCUGCACUGCAGACCAACGCUUUCCUACAGGGACUCGGACAGAUCAUACAGCCCUCAUGGCUGUCCAUGUUUAAUCAGACGGAGCUGCAGACUCUUGUGAGCGGUGACCGAGGGGACAUUGAUGUCGCAGACCUGAGACGUAACACGCUCUAUGGCGGAGUAUACACAAUCGGGGAUGACAACGAAGAGCAUCCUACGAUCAAGCUAUUCUGGGAAGUAAUGGAAAAGAUGACCAAUGAACAAAGACAGAACGUGCUUCGGUUUGUCACCUCCACUCCUCGGGCGCCUUUGUUGGGUUUCAGCCAUCUCAAUCCCCGCUUCAGCAUCCGUGACUCGAGUGAGGAUCAAGAGCGACUUCCUAGUACCAGCACCUGUGUCAAUCUCCUCAAGCUUCCACGGUACAGCAAUGCUGACGUAUUGCGAGAGAAACUUCUUUAUGCUGUCAACUCUGGAGCCGGCUUCGACUUGAGCUGAGUUUUGAGACUGUUUUUGUCAAUAGAGCUUUUGCACGCGUGUGUUUGGCGUGUGCCCAUUCGAACCUUUUUGUUUUUAGGUGGCAUAGCUAAGGCGUCAUGGUGACCUGUGUUUCAUUGUUCUUGUCGUUCUUCAUCUUUGUUGAUUGCGAAUUGCUCAUCCUGGACCCAUAUUGCACAUGAGAGAGAGAGAGAGAGAGUACGUAUGGAUGAUGAGUAUUUCCGGAACAGCUCUGGUCUAGUUCUAAGGUUCGGGGAUCAUAACAGCUAAGAAUCAUACUGUUCAUAAGUAUGGUACUCUAUCAUCAGUCUUCAUCAAUUCGUUUCACUGCCAGGCUGUAGUAUUUCAGGUGUCCAAGUUGACACCUG